UAGCCCUCUUCCUCCCCCCCGCCGUCACCGAAGCGGAUGAAAACAAACAGUGACGAUGGCGGCGCCGGGAAGCGACCGGCUGCUGGGCUGAAGGCAGGAGUGAUCACUUGAGCUGUGAGGGAAGCCCUGAAGAGCGUCUGUAGACGUGAGUGCGACAACUCGCGCAGUCUUGGGAACGAAACUCCCGGGGCCUGCGAGCCACGAGGCUCCUGAGGCGAGAGGUAUUAUCUGCGACCCGUGCUGUCAGUGCAGCUCCGGAGCGCGGAGCUCUCAGCCAGGAGGCGCAACUGGCCGGCCCCAGGCCCCGGCCUCCGUAAUGAGAGCCCCGAGCCACUCUCUGUGUUGCAGCUUCACAGGUGAGGGUGACUGUUGACUAGUGAAAAAAGGGACCCAAGGUUCACGACUCUCUUACUGGCAGUGGAAUGACCUGUGGAAACCUGCGAUCCAUUCUCAUUAAGUAAAUCUCUGGAUUCCUAUAGGCAAUGGAAACUGAUCUCAAUUCCCAGGACAGAAAGGACCUGGACAAGUUCAUUAAGUUUUUUGCCCUCAAGACUGUCCAAGUGAUUGUCCAGGCUCGACUGGGCGAGAAGAUUUGUACUCGUUCAUCUUCUUCCCCAACGGGUUCAGACUGGUUCAAUUUAGCAAUCAAAGACAUCCCAGAGGUUACACAUGAAGCAAAGAAGGCGCUGGCAGGGCAGUUGCCUGCCGUCGGGAGGUCUAUGUGUGUGGAGAUCUCACUCAAGACCUCUGAGGGAGAUUCCAUGGAGCUAGAAAUCUGGUGUCUGGAAAUGAAUGAAAAGUGUGAUAAAGAAAUCAAAGUUUCCUAUGCUGUGUACAACAGACUGUCGUUGCUACUGAAGUCUCUCCUUGCUAUAACUAGGGUGACACCAGCUUACAGACUCUCCAGGAAACAAGGGCAUGAAUAUGUCAUAUUGUACAGAAUAUAUUUUGGGGAAGUUCAGCUGAAUGGCUUAGGAGAAGGUUUCCAGACAGUUCGUGUUGGGACAGUGGGUACCCCUGUGGGCACCAUCACUCUUUCUUGUGCUUACAGAAUUAACUUGGCAUUCAUGUCCACCAGGCACUUUGAGAGGACCCCACCUAUCAUGGGGAUUAUUAUUGAUCACUUUGUGGACCGUCCCUAUCCCAGCUCCUCACCCAUGCAUCCCUGCAAUUACAGAACCGCUGGUGAGGACACUGGAGUAACAUAUCCUUCUGUGGAAGAUUCUCAAGAAGUGUGUACCACCUCUUUUUCCACCUCCCCUCCAUCCCAGUGUGUGUUUACUGUCACAAAGGCACAUUUUCAGACCCCUACUCCUGUGGUGACGGACACUCUGAGGGUCCCCAUGGCAGGACUGGCCUUUUCCCAUCAACUCUCAAGCUCUCGCCUUUCCUGUCAGCCUGCUGCCCUGGGCGUUGGAUCAGCUGACCUGGCUUGUCCAGCAGUGUUUGCUGCCGGCUUAAACACCACACACCCUUACCAGCUAAUGGUUCCUGGGAAGGAAGGUGGGGUACCCCUUGCUCCCAACCAGCCUGCCCACGGUGCCCAGGCUGGUGACCAGGAGAGACUGGCAACCUACACCCCUUCUGAUGGGGCCCACUGUGCUGCCACACCUUCCAGCAGUGAGGAUACUGAAACUGUGUCAAACAGCAGUGAGGGACGGGCCUCCCCCCAUGAUGUCUUGGAGACCAUCUUUGUCCGGAAAGUGGGGGCUUUUGUCAACAAACCCAUCAACCAGGUGACCCUGACCAGUUUGGACAUACCCUUUGCCAUGUUUGCUCCCAAGAAUUUGGAGCUGGAGGAUGUGGAUCCCAUGGUGAAUCCUCCAGAUUCCCCAGAGACUACAUCUCCUCUUCAGGGCAGCCUGCACUCUGAUGGCUCCAGCGGGGGCAGCAGUGGCAAUACCCAGGACGACUUUGUCAUGAUCGACUUCAAACCAGCUUUUUCUAAAGACGACAUUCUUCCGAUGGACUUGGGGACCUUCUAUCGUGAAUUUCAGAACCCCCCUCAGCUGAGCAGCCUCUCCAUAGAUAUCGGGGCACAGUCCAUGGCUGAGGACUUGGACUCACUACCAGAGAAGCUGGCUGUGCACGAGAAGAAUGUCCGAGAAUUUGAUGCCUUUGUAGAAACCCUGCAGUAAAAGUUGGUGUCCUCGAGUUACCAGCAGCAUCCCCUUUUUGUGGUCCCAGGAGACAGAGAGCCUCCCACUCGUCAGCUGCUCCCAUCCCUUGUCCCGCUUCAAGCCAGGUGGAGGGGAGGCUGGUUCCCCCACGGGGACCCGAAAGUCCCUGCUCUUGCACUCCUGGAGACUCACGGCAGCAAUGAAGGCCAGUGAUAGCAUUUGAGAGGACUCACCCUCUGACCUCCCUCUGCAGGGCCCUCUGCUUAUACCGCCCUCAGCAGCUGCUUCACAAAGGCUGUCAUCCCACUCCUCCUGCCGGCCCCCUGCCCCGGGUUUGCCCAGCAGCUGGCCCCUCGUCUGCCUGCCGUUGCCAUCCACCAUUCGACAUUCCAGCUGGUAGCCCAGAGACUGGUGUGGAGGCAGAAAGAGGAAGGAGACAGUGCCAGGAGGAGGAAGGAAGGAAGCUCUCCUUCAGGGUCUUUCUCCUUUAGUUCUGGUAUCUUCUUCCUCUCUCUCUCUCCCUCCCUCUCUCUGCCCCGUGCCUGUAUUUUUGGCAGUAUGGCAGGCUUCCUGCCCAAGGUGAUGAGAACCCUAGAGUCAGCCAUUCCCACCCUUGAAGGCUGUGCCAGCGCAUCCGAGCAGCCCUGGCGGCUGCCUGUGCUCAGCUCCAUGGAAACAGAAGCCUCCCUCUCUAGGACUCUGUCACUGGAGUCACAGCAAAGGUUCUCUUUCCUCUCCCUUCCCCUGUCAUUGCUCCUUGGUUAUAGAACCCAGUAAAUAUUUAUUACUUUCAGAGAAAUCAGAUAUUUUGUAGAGAAAACAUGUUUGAGGUUAGACGUUUUCACUUGGGGAAGGUUGGAGGGCCUCUUCCUGGGGCAGCGCCUCCUCCUGUAGCGGUUCCUCGGAUUCAGGUUGCUGCCCUGAGGAUUUCCCUUCCCAUGUGUAUAAGGUGGGAUCCAAGAAUAGGGCUGGCUGAGGGCAGCAGAACCUCCCAGAAUUGCUGCAUUUGAACUGACAUCACGCUCUGCCUUGGACAUGUACAUAUUCCUGGUGAGAACUUUGAAUCUCCCAGCUUCUCCAGAGAGACUGACUCUGUUCUGGCAGCCCAGGAAGUCUUGGGUGCGAAAUGUGAUGACUCCCCAGAGCUGUGGUACAUGUAGUGCCCGAGGGGCACUGUGGCCCCGGGGAAGGCCAGACAGGCCCCUCCUCCUGGGGCAUUUGUUCCUGGUUCUCAGGGCUGGGUUACAGGCCUUUUCCUUCUUCCACCUAGGCCUAACCACCACCUUUCUUUAACCCCAGGAUCUGUACACUGCCCUGGGGUUUAUUAGUUGGAUUGGUUCCUUGUUGAGAAACCAAAGCUGGGCAUUCAGGUAUUGUUACUUGAGUUAAGUCAAGGGCCCAGCCUCACCCACUGACCAUCUGUUCCUCCCCGCCUAACUGAUAGGCCCAACCCCACUCCUCUGGCCCACCUGGGGUAUUCAUUGGCAGCAGCUGUUCUGCAGCAGAGCAGGUGGCCCUCAAUUGCUUGUUAGCAAGUGCACGUGGCAUUGUUUUCACCUACCAGGCUGAUCUCUGAGGGCUGGGGUCAGCUCUGAUGCUGCCUCAGUUGGGCUGAGCCCUGCCCCUGUGCACACAUUCUCCUGCCUAAAAAAGUGUUUCCAGUAGUGGCGUCCAGCUGGCCGUCCUGUCACUGGGCCAGAGCACACCUGUGGCCUGCUAAACCAAUCCAGGCUUAACCCCCAGGCCCCAGCACUGAGAUGGGCGAAGGCCCCGGUAAGUUACUGAUUGCCCCCCACUCCCCAACCUCAUCCCAGUAUCUCAGCCGCUGCCCUCUUCCAAGGCCAAACAUGGAAAGGCCUGUUAGCCGUUUGCCUCUUUGACUCCUAAUUGUUGGCCUCUGCAGGCAGCAGCCUUUCUUCAGGACCCCAUCAGUGAGAGGCCAGGGAGGCUGAGCCCUGACUUUGAGCUGAGCCUGGGAGGAGCAGAGCAACUGUCAAGGCCGGCCCUUGUCCCUCAGCCCUGUACAAUGAAAGGUAUGAGCCCUAGACGGACCUGCACAGCACCCCCGGGACAGGGCUGGGACCAGUCGUGUCUCCAGGUGGGAGAGCCCCUCCCGCUCCUCCAGCCUACUUUAUUUGGAAAUAUUGAGCUAUACUUUAAAAUGUAUUCAAGAGAUUUCCAAUAAACUUUUUCUGUACUUUA